AUGGAGGUGCACAGAUGUCUUGCUCUUCUGCUUAUCCUACUGAGCCAUGUUGCCUGCCCUCCUGUCUCCAGGACAAAGAGAAGCUUUAAUAAGUUGCUUGUGAUUUCCUUUGAUGGGUUUCGCUGGAACUAUGAUCAGGACAUUGACACACCUAACAUGGAUCUCCUUGUAAGGGAGGGAGUGAAGGCCAAGUAUCUCACUCCACCAUUUGUCACCAUGACGUCUCCAUCCCAUUUCACCACCAUCUAGCGGUUCAUACUAUACAUCAACAAAGGGGAUCAUGGCUAUGAUAAUGCAGACAUGGACAUGAAAAUGAUAUUCAGAGCAUUUGGACCAGAUUUCAAGAAGAAUUAUCUGGCAGAGCCUUUUGACAGCAUUCACAUUUACCCACUGAUGUGUAAACUCCUGGGAGUGACACCAGAACCUCACAACGGGUCUCUGACAGUUACACAGGACAUGCUUGUGGACACUUUCAAUCAAGAGUCAGAUUUGGUAACAGGAGAUGAGACUUGGAAGACAACUGCUUUGCAGAAAGCUGCUACUGGCUUAGGUGUUGUUACAGGAGUGCUUGCCAUCUUGUUUGUCUCUGGUGUAGGGUACAUGGCUGUUAGUCGAAAAAAGGGGCAAAGAAGUGAAAAGCAAGAAAGCAACAAAGAUUUACCUCUGACAGUUCUAAACCCAAGGAAAAAAAAUCUGCCCCCAGGGCCCGCCUCCAAGCCUAAUACCCAGUCACAGUCCCCGCCUCUAAAGCAAACGCCCCGCCUCCAAGCCAAAAUACCUUACCACAGGCCCCGCCUCCAAAGCAAAAAAAAAGAAAACAAAAAAAAACCUCUCACAGGCCCCGCCUCCAAAACAUUCUACCACAGUCCCCACCUCAAAGAGAGUGCCCGCCCCACAGUCCCUGACUCCCAAGCAAAUGCCCUGCCCCGUCCCCGUCUCACAAGCGUAUUCAUAGGCUCCGCCUCCAAGAAAAAUACCCACCUCCAGGCAAAGCCUCCCAGGAAAGUGCCAACCACAAUCUCUACGGCCCCUCCUCCAAAGGCAAAGAUCCGCCCCCAGGCUCCUCCUCCAAGACAAAAACUCUCCGGGGGAGGAGGGAGGGGAGGAUCUCCGCUGUCUCGAACGCCCACCUCCCAGACCCCGCCCCCAAGGUCAAUACCUCCCCUUGGCCUCUCCUUCAGAAGACACAUAGCCCCCAAGCCCCGCCUCUAA